CACACCGCGAUAAAACAUCGCGAUACAGACAACGAAUUUCAUUUCUAAAACUUAAUACGCUGAAGUCAAGAUGGCGCAUAGCCACUUUCUCCCAAUUUUUAUAUGUUGUAUGCUAAUAGGACUGUGUGUGGCGUUCCCGCCGUUCCGGCGAUACAUACCCAAUGCCUACCGAGUACCAGAUCCCUGUUUUACACGAAGGAUCGGAAGGAGAACCCAGCUGCGCUAUAUCCAAGCUGUAGGGCAUUAUCGAGACAGCUCGAAGAGAAAUCCAUUCGGAAGAGAUUUCGAAAUGCAACGUGGAAACUGGACUGUUCUGUGUACAAUGGACUCUGAUAAAGAUGGUAUGAAAAAUGGAUACGAAAUGGGUGAUCCUGAUUGUAAUUGGAAAGGGGGCGUUCCGUCAUUUUUAAGGAUCCCAUACAGUCAUCCAGGAAUUGCGGAGACCUUUAAUAAUUUAACUAGACGUUAUGAGGUUGUUCCACAACUACGUAUGGCGAUUUGUUCGAGGAAUUUUCCGAUGAUAUAAUGAAAUUAUAUCUAACAGUAGGCGCCAGCAACCAAAUCAAGCGAUGUCAUACAUCAUGCUCGAGUAUUUUAAACGAGCAUUACUAGCAUCUGAAUUACGCCGUCUGAACAUCAAAAGAAAUGCCAAGGUAAAAAUAGCAUGGCGAAGAAACUAUCAAAAUUCGAAGAUAGAUCUAGAAAAACAAAAUUCGAUUGUUUGUUGAGAAAUUAUAUAAAUGUUGUAGAAGUGUAUGUUUAGUUUGGAACACAGGCAACACUAUCGAGUGGCGUAUAUAACAAAACAAUGACAUCUAGUGGAGAAAAAAACCCACCAAAACCAACGACAUCUUGUGGAGAAAACAACAAGACAACGACAUCUUGUGGAGAAAACAACAAAACAACGACAUCUGGUGGA